AUGUCGUACCAUAAUUAUCCACCACAAUCCCAAUAUCCACCCCCUCAACAGGGUUAUUACCCACCCGGGCCGGGGGGCCAGUAUAACGCGCCUCCUCCUCCUCACAAUCAGCAGGCUUACCCGGCUCCCGGGCCAUAUCCUCCUCAAGGUGGACCUCCACCUGGACCUCCACCUUCUGGACCUCCUCAUGGAUAUGGUGCACCAUACCCACCAAAUGGCCCUGGAUAUCCUCAGGGGCCUGGGGGGUAUCCUGGACAACCACCCGCUCCCCCGCAGCAGUACGGAUACCCGGGUGGCUAUCAACCACAAACACACUCGCCCCAGCCUCCACAACACCCCCAGAGUUUCCCACCCGGGCCAGGACCCCAACUAGGAUACGGCGGUCCUCCUCCCUCUGCCCCUCCUUCCGCAGGGUAUGUCCCCGGACAAACUGCCAAUGGGGACUUCCGCCGUGAAGCCGACGCGCUUCGCAAAGCCAUGAAGGGCUUUGGAACAGACGAGAAAGCGCUCAUCCAGGUCCUCAGCAAACUCGACCCGCUCCAAGUCGCCUCCGUCCGCGCAACCUAUUCCUCCCACAUCCGCCGUGAUCUCUAUGCGGACGUCAAAUCCGAAACCAGCAGCUACCUCCGCCAGGGUCUACUCGCGAUUAUCGACGGUCCGCUCCACCAUGACGCCGCAUCCGCCCGCGACGCAGUCCAGGGCAUGGGUACAAAGGAAUGGCUCCUAAACGACGUCCUCCUCGGCCGCUCAAACGCCGACCUCAACGCCAUCAAAUCUACCUACAACCAAAUUUACCACCGCUCUAUCGAACGCGACGUCGACGAAGACCUCUCCUUCAAAACAAAGACCCUAUUCAGCCACGUCCUGCGCGCCGCACGCAACAGCGAAACACAGCAGGUGAACUACCCCGCCCUCCAGUCCGAAGCACAGCACAUCCACAGUGCCACGGCCUCGCGCAUGGUCAACAACGCCGACGAAGUCUCCGCGAUUUUCGCCCGCAGUUCGAACAACGAACUCAAAGCCCUCAGCCACGCGUUCCAGCAACGUUACCAUACCUCGCUUGAAGGGCAUAUCGAGAAGGAGUUCUCCGGUCACAUGAAGGAUGCACUGCUACAUAUACUCCGGACCGCGUUGGACCCUGCGAUGCGUGACGCGGUUCUCCUUGAAGAGUGCAUGAAAGGCAUGGGGACGAAGGAUGAGAGACUGGUUGUUCGUGCUGUCCGUGUUCACUGGGACCGCCAGCAUCUUGCGAAUGUUAAGGCCGCGUAUAAGCACAAGUACAAGCAGGAUCUCCUGCAGCGGGUGAAGGGUGAGACGAGUGGUGAUUACCAGAGAAUGUUGAUUGGUUUGUUGGAGUAA